GAGGAAGGCUUUUGAGGAAGCAGAGAAAAAUGCACCCUCAAUUAUCUUCAUUGAUGAGAUUGAUUCCAUUGCUCCUAAGAGAGAGAAAACUCAUGGGGAAGUUGAAAGGUGCAUAGUGUCUCAACUAUUGACACUGAUGGAUGGGUUGAAGUCUCGUGCUCAUGUAAUUGUCAUUGGGGCUACGAACAGGCCAAAUAGUAUCGAUCCAGCUCUUAGACGAUUCGGUAGGUUUGACAGAGAAAUUGACAUUGGUGUUCCUGAUGAGGUUGGCCGAUUGGAGGUUCUUCGCAUCCAUACUAAGAACAUGAAGCUAUCUAAUGAUGUUGAUUUGGAAAGGAUUGCUAAGGAUACUCAUGGCUAUGUUGGGGCUGACCUUGCUGCUUUAUGCACUGAAGCUGCUCUCCAGUGUAUCCGUGAAAAGAUGGACAUAAUUGAUCUAGAAGAUGAAUCAAUUGAUGCUGAGAUUCUCAAUUCUUUGUCUGUUACAAAUGAACACUUUAAAACUGCUUUGGGAUCUAGUAACCCAUCUGCCCUCCGUGAAACUGUUGUUGAAAUACCAAAUGUCAGCUGGGAUGAUAUUGGUGGGCUAGAAAAUGUCAAGAGAGAACUACAAGAGAUUAGAACAGUGGAUGUUUUAACUCAGAAAACUAGGCAUUUGAAGGUGAAAAGCACAUGA